GGUAAACUAGCGCAAAAGCUGUUAUCCUUGAAACACCCAAACUUCUAAAAGGCAACAUUCAAACUUCAAAGACCUUGAAUUCUAGUCAUCACUUUUCUUCUACACAUACCUCAGUUGCCACUAGGUUAGGUACCCUUCACAUACUACUUUUCUUGAGGUGUAUAACCUAAUCCAAUGCAAAAAUUUCAUUUACAAUGCACCACCAUUCCACCACCUAUCUAACACGCAACAUUUGUACAAUAAAGCGUGAACUGCUUGCUUCUUCUCCUCCCCUCGUUUAAUUCGAGAAAACACCUAAUACUUUUUUUUUUAUAAAAAAAAAAAAAAGUCAAGACUGCCCCGCGCACUUCCCACGUCCAAGCUCGUUGGUACGGGUUCGCGCGCCAUCUAAGUUAAGGCGCGCUCUUUUCCGAGAUAGUUCGAAUGCACGACGCGCUUUUUAGCCAUUCGACACUCUCUUCUAGCUGAUAGGAGGUGCUUCCAAGUCUGCUAACCCAUCUCUCUAACCUGAGUAUGCCCUACUGCUAGCCUUGAAACGCUUCAAUGGAAGGGGAUCCAGGUAGCGGACUAUCCAACGGCCAGACGUCUUCGUCGUCUAAACCCGCCAAAACCCCGAAAUAUGAACCCUCUGCGCCCCCUGCCGCUUCUGGAGCAGGCAGUACCCCACACCCUCAGCUGUCGAAGCGUAGGAGAGGUCUAGGUGUUGUCACUCCUAACGCGUGUACUGAGUGUCGAAAGAAGCGUGCUAAGUGCGAUGGCCAGAAGCCGUGCGGUCGGUGCAAAGCGCAGAAGGAUGUGGAAUGUAUAUACGAGAUCCCUGUCCGGCAAUCCAAGGAAAACCUGCGCCACGAAAUUGAAGCCCUACGGCGCCAACAACGCCAGAGCGAUUCCGUCUUCUCCGCCCUCGUUCGUCCCGACUUGGUUGAGGAGGUCUUACAGAGACUGCGCCAAGGGCAAUCCGUCGAAGGGAUAUCGGAAUGGCUGGGUAGUGCUGGUAGUGCUGGUGCUACCUUACCUUCUGCUGGGCCCAGCUUUGCUAGGCCAGUCGAAACUAGAAUCGGCGUUACGCUACCUCCUCUUUCAACUUAUGGCGGUACGCUCGCCGGUCCUAAUGGCUUCAACACCAUGGGUUUAAGCCCCGCGGCGGGUCAGGCACACACAAUGAACCAGGACUUUGACCCAAACAGCCCUUGGAAUUUCUCAUCGCAUAGCCAGACCGUAUCAACCCGUAGCGAUUCCCAUCCGGAUAUUAUGCAGUGGGCAUCCGAGGCGCCUCCGCGGUCCCGUGUUGGCACAUGGCUCCAAGAGCAGUCUUCAACGUCUGAAGGACCCCGAUAUCGUGGAGUAGACCAAAUUCUUUCGCCGUUGGAUCCCCCCGAAGUAAAAGUUCCCCCAGGCACAUGGACUACCGUAACUGCGGAUAAUGGUUUGGUAUCGCAUCUUCUAGCCCUCUACUUCUGCUGGGAAUAUCCAACGUUUGCGUCGCUUAGCAAGGAACAUUUUAUGAAAGAUUUCAUCGCCGGGAGGGAUCGAUAUUGCUCGGCGAUUCUAGUAAACGCAUUGCUAGCUCUUGGCUGUCGCUUCUCGACCCAGCCAAAUACGCGAGCGAAUCCGAACGACCCACGUACCGCAGGGGAUCACUUUUUCAAAGAGUCUCUAAGACUGUUUUACCGGGAAAACGACCAUCAUACUUUGACCACGAUUCAAGCUUUAGGAAUAAUGUCUAUUCGAGAAGCGAGCUGUGGAAGGGAUUCGGAAUCUUGGUAUUACGCAGGGCAAAGUAUACGCUUAGCCAUCGAAAUGGGACUCCACCGCCUACAAAACGAUGGUGACGAGGAUGAGAUAGCUGUGCAGGCCGCGACAUUCUGGGGUGCCUUUGCCUUGGACCAUGCGUGGUCAUUAGCGACUGGUUCUCUGCCUCAAUGUUCAUGCUUUCCGCAUUUGCCGCCAAAACCUGCCAUUAUAGAUGAUAUAGAAGCUUCUCUGUGGGUUCCCUACACGGAUGACGGUGCGCCCUUACAACGAUCUUGCGAACAGCCUUCUAAUGUGAGAUCUGUCUACAAAUGCUUCUGUGAGCUUAGCGAACUUGUUCACCAGUCGCUAUAUAUUCUGCACUCUCCUGGCAAACCCGUCACAAGCAGAGAGUUACUCGGCAUUUAUACGCAAUACUUGAAUUGGUACGAUAAAAUUCCCGAGGUGUUGCGAUUAGGUCACAACUUUACACCAGCGGUCCUCUUCGCUCAUAUGUACUAUCACUUUGCAAUUUUACUCCUUUUUCGACCCCUCAUAAAACUUCGAGUUAUUGGUUCGGGCAUUCUUCCUCGCGAUGUCUGUACUCAAGCCGCAGAUGCAAUCCAAGGCCUACUCCGUUCAUAUUCUCAACUCUAUACGCUUCGCCGCACACCAUCGUUUGUGCCGUACUUUGUACUUACAUCCUCCAUCAUGCAUCUCGCUAUAGGCGCCGACGCGUCUAAGGGGCCAUCCACCUCACUAGCAGAAGAUUCGAACCCCUCGGCAGUUAAGCCCGAAGGCACAGAAACUGAACAUAACCCUGGGCGGCUAACUUCUAGCAGCCGAGAUGAAAUAGAGCCUGUCUCGCUUUCUAGUACAAUUACUGCGAAGUUAAACCCUCGGGUAGCUGAAGCUCUCAGCCAAGGUAUCGCGCACUUAACCGAGAUGGCACCAUGUCAUCAUUUUGCGCACCAAGCUUUGAAAAUUCUGCAAUACCUAGCCAAAAAAUGGGGGAUCGAGGUGGACAUACCACCGGGUGCGGAUCCAUCAGAAGAAAUCGACAACUCAGUCCGACCAACAACGAGUAGCUUGAAUUUCUUUGCGCCCAACGUCAAUGAGGAUGAUUUUCUUUGCUCCUGGAGCGCUCGAGAAAUUGGCGGUCCUGGAGGCAUACAAGAAACGCAGGGCUUACCUACGCCACAGACGCAUUUUAGUCGUGGGGAAAAAAUGGAGGGCAUCAUAGAAGGUAGCCAUAAUAAGGGAGGAUCUGAGCAAGAUCCAACUCGUAGUUUUGGACCUGGCGGCGGCACUGGGACAGCUGCGCACGCUGCUAAAAGUCUAGAAAACCCAUUGUUUUGGCCAUUUCCUAUGCAAGGUCGCCCAAUGCUACCAGUGGGUAAACAGCUCGAAGAGGCUGGAUUUCGCCCUCUUUAGACAGCAUGGAUCACGAUGCCCAAUAUAGACGACAAACUUCUCGGCCAACUGUAUAAUUUUAAAUUAUAUAUGCUGGUUUCGUAAGUUUAGAGUUUGUGACGUAUAUAUGAUGGAUUUCCCAGCCUCGGUAUGUAUAUCACCUCAGAGACAAUAACCUUAUGCCUUGUCGAACGUGAGAGACUACGGCAUACACGAAGCAAAACAUGGUAAAGUUAGUGAAAAGAGAAGUAUUUUGCGACAGAAACGGUCUUUCAGGGUUUGAUGUGACGGGGUCGGUAAAAUUCAUGGUGAUAACAUUGAUGGAAGAGGUUUAAGAUGCAAGUAGAUGAUACCCCCAACAUACGAAAGCGCUUGUCCUAAACCUUGGGUACUGUUGGAAAUGAGCUUCUAGCUUGGGAGUGGUCCUUUGAAUCAUGUUUAGAUAGAUACCUAAGG